AUGGAUGAUACAAUGGAGAAAGUGUUAUCCCAUAAGGUCAAGAGGCGUCAGUCGACGGCUACAGGUCAUGACUCGAUGCCCCAGGCUGGAGAUACCGAGUUGCUAGCAACACUCGGGUACAAGCAGGAAUUGCGGCGUCAUUAUUCGACGAUUGAGAUUUUUGCUGUCGCUUUUAGAUGGUUCGUUGCGAGUUGCUUCAUCUUCCUUGUGGCCUUGGCAAUGGCCGACAUGGCAUCCGCAAUGCCCACCGCAGGCGGACUCUAUUUCUGGACACACUACUACUCAUCCGAGAAAUGGAAGAACCCGCUCAGUUUCCUCGUCGGAUACAGCAAUACCAUCGGCCUGAUCGGAGGCGUAUGCUCGAUCGACUACGGUUUCGCCAACAUGCUCCUCUCAGUGAUCUCUCUAGCCCGCGACGGCGAAUGGUCCGCCACACGACCAGUCAUAUACGGCACAUACGCAGCAACCGUCGUCGCACACGGCUUCAUCGCUAUCUUCUUUGCCCGGAUCAUGCCGAGGAUCCAAUCCGCCUGUAUCUUCCUCAACAUCGCUCUCGUGGUGGCUACCGUCAUCGCCCUGCCCAUAGGCAAAGCGAAGAAUAGCCCGCCUGUCAACCCGGGCACGUAUGUCUUUGGGGAGGUACAGAAUUUCACUACUUGGCCUGCUGGAUGGGCGUUCAUGCUGGCGUGGCUCUCGCCUAUCUGGACUAUUGGUGCGUUCGAUUCCUGCGUGCAUAUGAGUGAGGAGGCGACGCAUGCUGCUCGCGCCGUGCCGCUGGGAAUUAUCUCUUCUGCUGGACUAUGUGGUAUUCUUGGGUUCGUUUCGCUGGCGGUUAUUGCGGCGUCGAUGGAUACGGAUAUCGAGGGGAUUCUGAAUUCGAAGUAUGGACAGCCUAUGACUCAGAUCUACUACGACGCCCUUGGCAAAAGCGGUGCCCUUGGCUUCAUGGUCGUGGUAAUGAUUGUUCAAUUCUUCAUGGGACUGAGUAUUGUCCUAGCCGCCUCCCGCCAAAGCUGGGCCUUCUCCCGCGACGGCGCCCUCCCCCUAUCCUCCUUCUUCCGCAAAGUAAGCCAACGCAAGUUCACACGCUACCAGCCAGUCCGCAUGGUCUGCGGCAUAGUACUCGCAUCGAUAAUCAUCGGCCUCCUCUGCCUAAUCGACGAAGCAGCCGCCAACGCCCUCUUCUCGCUCGCCGUAGCCGGCAACGACCUCGCCUGGCUAACGCCCAUCCUGGCGCGUCUGCUCUGGGGCGGCGAGCGCUUCGUCCCUGGUGAGUUCUAUACAGGCGCUUAUCUCAGUAAGCCCAUCGGGUGGGUUGCCGUCAUCUACAUGAUGUACGUUAUUGUUCUUACUAUGAUUCCUACCGAGGGGCCGAAUCCGUCGCCUCAAAAUAUGAAUUAUACGGUUGUUAUCAAUGGGAGUCUUUGGCUUGGGGCGUUGCUUUAUUAUUAUCUUCAUGCGAGGAAGACGUAUAAGGGACCGCAGACUACUGUUAGUCCCGAGGAUGAGGGCAAGGCUUUGGAGCAGGACUCGAAAUAG